AUGACAUUUAUAAAUCUCUGUAAUGUCAUUCUGGCAUGUGUUGUUCUAGCCAAAGCAACCACCUCGUCGUUCAAACCAUCGUUAUAUGACAAAACGACGGUGGUCUGUGAGGCUAUUCGAAGGACACCGUCAAAAGAGGGUGUAAAUAUAGACAUUAAAUACGUGGAUAUUAACCCUGGGGCACCAACAUCUAUAAUAAUGGUCCAUGGCUGGCCAAGCUUGUGGAGUUCAUGGUCGAAUCAAAUUCAGGAGUUCCAGGAGGACUAUCAUCUUGUGAUCCCGGACCUUCGUGGAUUCGGAGAGUCAACGCAUCCUGGAGAUGCACAAUCGUCUGGUACAUUGCAGGACAUGGUAAACGACCUGGUGUGCGUAUUGAAAGACGCAAAGACGUCAUCUGCUAUCUGUAUGGGACAUGAUUGGGGUUCUGCAAUUUGUUAUGAAGCAGCUAGAUUAAGACCGGAUAUUUUCACUGCUGUAAUUGGAGUAGUUGUACCGUACGUCCCUUCAGCCGGGCCUUACGUUCCCAUCCAAGAUCUUACGCCGCACUUUCCAACUUUAACCUAUCAAUUAUUCUUCGAUCAUCAACCGCAAGCUGCUGUCGACGAACUCGAAAGAGACAUACGUAGAACAAUCCGCGGGACCUUGAGAACUUUUGCUAGUCCCCCUCCAAUUCAAUUUUUGAAAAGCAACAAAAGUUUUUUGGAUGCUUGGAGCGACAUUGAAGAAAUCCCUGCUGUUCCGUUUUUCUCACCAGAAGAAGAAGACUAUUUUGUGGACCAGUACACAACAAGUGGCUUUAAGCAUACGUUGCAAUUCUAUUCAAAUUAUAAUCGUUUUCUUGGGUGGAAAAUUGCCAAUGAACAGGGUAAUCACACAAUAUCUCAGCCCGUUCUCGCCAUCUAUCCGACAGAGGAUCCUGUCGCCGACUGGGUUGAAGUUUCCGAGAUCCUUCAAUCUGCAAGUUUUCUUCCAAAUUUAACAACCAAGGUUCUUCCUGGAUCGCAUUGGGUUCACCUUGAAUAUCCAGAGAAGUUUAAUUUUAUUGUGCGGCAAUGGUUGAUGGCUAUUGUAGCUACCAAGUUAUCGCGAGACAGUGGGUUUGGGGAUGAGCUGUAG